AAAACAUCUACAAAUGUAUAAAACUGAUCAGAGAUAGACACUUGCCCAUAGACACUUGUUCAAUAGUUCUCUUUUCACUUUCACUUUAUCAUCGCCCUCUAUCAAAAGAUUCAUGAAGCUUCGGAGGCGGAGCCUAAUCGACCAUAUCACGACACGUAUCACCAAAUCUUCAACGUUUAUCAUCACAUUUAUGGCUUUUUGUUGUGUUUAAAUGUAGCAUUUAUGAACUUGGGAAAUUAGAAACUGUUGUAAUUUGAAACCGUUCACCGAAAUGCCAAAAAAUAUAUAUUUGACAUGGACAGUUUAUUUUCUUCUAGUUGUUCUCCUGGAGUCUGGUGUGUUUGUUGCUGAUGCAGUGAAGUCAGAGUCAGUGACUGAGGGAGAAUCAGUCUCUCUGAACUCUAGUUUCACUCAAAUACACAGAGAUGAAGAGAUCGAGUGGAGGUUUGGUGAAUUUCUCAUAGCUCGAGUAAAGAACAACAGGAGUGUGUUUUAUAAUAAAACAGCUGAAGGGAGAUUCAGAGACAGACUGAAACUGGAUCAUCAGACUGGAUCUCUGACCAUCAUCAACAGCAGAACCACAGACUCUGGACUUAAAGUCUCCAGAGACACAACGAUCAACACGAUCAAUCUCACUGUCUAUGCUCGUCUGCCUGUUCCUGUCAUCAGCAGAGACUCUUCACUAAACUCUUCAUCAUCUUCAUCAUCAUGUUCAUUGGUGUGUUCAUCUGUGAAUGUGAGUCAUGUGACUCUCUCCUGGUUCAAAGGAAACAGUGUAUUGUCCAGCAUCAGAGUGUCUGAUCUCAGCAGCCGGUCUGAUCUUCUUCUCCAUCUGGAGUGUGUGGAUGAUUCCUACAGCUGUGUGCUGAACAAUCCCAUCAGAAACCAGACUCAACACCUCAACAACACUCAGCUCUGUCACACAUGUGCUGCAGUCUCUCGGACAGUGCUGAUCUCUGCUGCUGCUGCUGGAUCUCUGUUGAUUGUUGCUGCUGUCGGGAUCUUCUGCAUCUGCAGGAAACACAGAAACACACACAGAGAAGAGACUCGAGCAGAAGAAAUCACUGAUCCCACAUUCAACAGAAGAAACAGAAAUAAAUCGAGAGCUACAGUGGAGGAUAAUGUGGAGUACACAAGCGUGCCACACGAGUCCUGAAAAGUGAAGCCAAAGCGUCUCGAUCACCCCCUGGUGGCUGGAAGCAGUAUAGGUCAUAAACCCCGCCCUCUCCAUGUGUUUCAGUGGGACGCCAGACAAACUAAUUCAAUUACACUUCAAAUAUUUCUUUCCAAAGACAAUUUCUGUCAUAUUAGGCAGUUUUUAUAACGCUGGUGUCAGUUCAAGUACUCGUUCUUUAAAUAAGUUUGGUUUUAGUUAGUUAUUUGAUGCAAUAAAAACAGAGGUGAGAUGUCAUGAUUGAAGCGAUGCAUUUGUGUGAGAAAAAUAUCCAUAUUUAAACAAGUUAUGAAUUAAAAUGUUGAGCUUCUUCCAGACCGUCUUCCCUAUUCAAGUUACGUAGAAAGUGGACCUCAUUGGACCUGUUCACUGCCAUUAUAAAGCUCGGAUGCGUCAGGAUAUUUAUUAAUAUAUCUCAGAUUGUGUUCAUCAGAAAGAAGAAAGUCAUAUACACCUAGGAUGGCUUGAGAGUGAGUAAAGCUUGGGCUAAUUUUCAUUUUAUAGUCAACUUUUUAUUUUUUCUUCACGUUUUAUUUUAUGCUUGUUGUGUUCACGGCACAUCAUAAUUACUGUAAUUACCGUAAAUUGUAAUUUGUAAUUUUCUGAGAGCUCCAACUUCUUCCUGACUGCUGGAGACUCAUUUUGGGAUUAAUAGAGUUGUGACAGAAGCACAUAAUUCUGAAUCUGAUGACAUGAACAAAUAAAAUCAUGUGUUUUCUCAUCUCGCAAUAACAGUAAUCACGACAUGGCGUGAACAAAGCAUGUUUAAAUAUGCUUAAAUAUAAUUUUUAAUUCUUCAUCCUCCUUCUGGUCCUUUUCAUAUGCAGUUCUGCUCACUGUUUAUCUGAUUUUACACAAUUAUUCUGUUAGUCUUGAAAAAUAAAUACAUGUAAACACAGUUAAAAACUAUUUCAGGUGUCUUGAUUUAGCUUCACAUGAGCACCAAGACUGAUAUAACUUCUGAGAAUAACAGAUCCAUACACAAUAUCGCACUGACAAUAACAUGCUCUGCUUUUAACAUAUUAAACCACUUCGUUUUGUUUCUGGAUUUACUUUAAUCAUUUAGCAGACUCUUUUAUCCAUAUAAUAAAUACUAGAGAAACUACCCAUUAGAUGAUGUGAUGGAUUUUUUUAAUGAAUCAUAACUAACAUUUCUUUUUCUUUGCAGGAAUAACAUUUAUAUGCUUUUGAAUCCUAAAUGUCCUCGAACCUUGCAUGGGCCGAAGUCAGUGUGUGUCUGAAUCAUGUCCAAAAAUAAGUGGAAAUGACAUUUAGGACAUUUAGAAAUAUAUUUAGACAACCAUCUAAAUAUAAUAGCCCGUGAUAUUGAGUGACCAACAAACUAAUAACCCUGAUUUGAGCAGAUCUUCACCCAGUAACAUGAGGGUUUGGCAUAUGAAGAACCGAUCGUAAUUCUGCAGCCCUUCAUCAAACCUUUAACACAGAAACACCUCAGAUUGAUUUUAAUCAAUGCACAAAUCAUAAAAACAGAUCAAAUCUGUUCCUAAUUUCUGAUUGGUUGGGAAGGCAGACGUUUGGGAAUACUUUGGAUAUAUAAAAACAGAAGGUGUUGUUGUCCUUUGUCAAGAGAAAUGGAGUGUUAUCUUCCAGACAAUGUGAUGAAGAUUUUAAAAGAUAUAAUAAAAAGCAGAAAAUUGUUGAACUUGGAGAAUCUCUGGGGUCUAUGAAGUUUUCAUAAUGUGACACAAAAACACAUGCUGUGGCUCGAGAGUGUAAACCACAUCCUGUAGAGAUGACGAAUGUUGUGUUAUGUGUGUAGAUGAACAUGGGAUCUGGGGAGAGAAGCAUUGUUGUGUGUAACUGAUAAUGAAGACAGUUAGGAAAUAAAUGUCUAGCAAGGUAGAAAUCUGAUAAAAAAAAAUAAAAAUAAAAAUGUGUAUUGCUUAAACCAUUGACACAAGUAAAGGUGAUAGACAAGUAACACAGCAAUUGACACAUGCAGGUAAUAUGUUAACGCAAGAAGAAACCACAUGUGUGUAAAUGAAGAGAUAAAGUGUGUCAAAAAGAGAAUAUAAAUACAGGGGCCAGUAGUUGAUAUUGUGUAGUUUUGCUGAAGAAAGAAAGAGCAUACGACGCCAGACCACAACCUUCAGAAGAUCAAAGAAGACACCUGAUUCUCUUAGAGAAGAACAUAUACUGAAUAGAGAAGAGCUUUAAAAUGUAAUUAUUUAUCUGGCCCAUGGAUCUUCCAGCUUAGCUGGCAUAGAGUGUGUAUUUAGCUUUUGCCUUUGCAAGAAAUAAUAAAAUGAGAAUGAGGACUGCCCUCAAACUCUGAUAGG